AGACCGAGAACGUCUAAUGUGUUCUAUCUCAUUCUCUCGCCGGCUGUGUCCUAUACAUUUAUGUGUUUGUGUCUCUAUGGACUUAUUUUUUCGUUUCAUCGAGUUUGAAAUCAUAACGAUUCUAAAGAAGUUUCACUUUAAUUAUUUAAUGUUACAAAAAAUGGGACUGUAGAUGAAAUAACUCGCUGUCUCUCUCGCAGGCCCGCAUUUUGGUCGCAAUGACGUCACGAGCCGUUACGCGCGUCCCAUAUCUAGAACGGUUAUGGAUGGAUUUUUGCAUUAGGAUAAAUAACUUUUAUAGUGAGGGGUAGAUCUCAGGGGUAUUUUUAUUCAAUAAAACUAUGGGUUAGCCACCAGUAUCGAAUUUCGAAUUCUAAUCUUUCUUAAACACAAACAAUUUUCAAUUUUAAAACGAUAAUUACAUUCCGACGCAAGCGCACGCUAUUCACACUCAAAACGGAAGCGCCCGGAACAUAGAUUAUACACUCUGUUAAAAGACGGACAUAGAUACUAGCUAUGAUAGAUAUGAUAGAUAGAUACUAGCUUCACUGCGAAGAAGGACCCUUUUGUCAUGGCGCCGGAAUUUCAAGGAGUAUCCCUGCAGCUUUCCGCGAGUAUCUGGAUUCUGGGGGUCGAUAUUUCGAGCGAUGUCCAGUUUCGGAGUCAUUUGGAAGGUAAAGCCAAAUUGGCCUCUAAAAUGUUGGGAGUUCUUAACAGAGCGAAGCGGUAUUUCACGCCUGGACAGAGACUUGCGCUUUAUAAAGCGCAGGUCCGACCUCGCGUGGAGUACUGCUUUCACCUCUGGGCCGGGGCUCCCAAAUACCAGCUACUUCCAUUUGACUCCAUACAGAAACGGGCUGUUCGGAUGGUCGAUAGUCCUGCUCUCGCGGAUCGCUUGGAACCUCUGGGUCUACGGAGGGACUUCGGUUCUCUCUGUGUUUUAUACCGCAUGGUCCAUGGGGAAUGCUCUGAGGAAUUAUUCGAAAUGAUUCCCUCAUCUCCUUUUUAUCAUCGCACCUCCCGCCAUCGGAGCAGAGUUCAUUCAUAUUAUCUGGAACCGCUGCGUUCAUCGACAGUGCGUUUCCAAAGAUCUUUUUUGCCACGUACCAUCCGGCUUUGGAAUGAACUCCCCUCCACGGUGUUUUCCGAGCGCUAUGACAUGUCCUUCUUCAAACGAGGCUUGCGGAGAGUACUUUAAGGUAGGCAGCGGCUUGGCUCUGCCCCUGGUAUUGCUGACGUCCAUGAGCGACGGUGACCACUUACCAUCAGGUGGGCCGUAUGCUCGUCUGCCUACAAAGGCAAUAAAAAAAAAAGUAUAGCGAGCGGGCAUACGGCCGCGAGAGUGACGUACGGGUCGGUUUGCUAUACUUUUUAAUUAUAAUAUGAAAUAAAAAGUUUUUAUGCAAUUUUGAUUUGCCGAGCGAUACUGAAAAUGUAAAAUGUAGCCUUUCGCUAGCGUCAGAAGUUACAGUAAAAGCGUGGCCAUGUUUAGAAACACCGCAGAACGACUGUUAUGAAAUAGGCUAAAAUGCAAAAUUCACGAAAACUGUACAAAGUUAUUCAAUCAAUUGUUGUACAAUCAUGGAUCUUUUUGAAUGUGAAACGUAAUAUUACUAAAUGAAACGAUAUCGUGACCCGAAGUCUGAACUAGAAGGAAAUUGGAUCUAACUGAAAACAAUAAUGCAUUUUACGUAAGUUAAAAAGAUGGAGAUACAAGUUGGAAUUCGACUGGGGUAUAACAAUGAAGACUUUUAGGACUUUACUGCUCUGUAUGGGAACCUUAUACCUGGCGUCGGCAGCUCCAGUAGCCCGGAAUAAUUCACCACAGCAUGCCGAAUAUGAAUACGAUUACGACAGCUCCGCCCAGCAAGUGCAGGCCCAGGAGCCUCAAGAAUCCGCCAGCCACUACGACGCUUACAUCCAAGACGUCAAAGCAGCCACAAGCGGCGACACCAAAAAAGGUUACAGCAGAGGAAGUGGUCUAAGAACUAUUGCUGUCGGUUCGGCGAAUCAAGCGAAAACAGCGCUUGGAAAUCAAGCCGCGGCGGCGUAUCAGGCGGCGUAUGUGGCCAAGAAUACCCUCGCGCAGUCCGCGGCGCAGGCUAGUGCCACUGCUCAGGCGGCGUUGGCAGGAAAGCAGGUCAUCCUGUCAGGAUUAGAGCAGCAAGUCAGGGACGCCAAGGUUGCGCUCCAAGGUGAAGAAAUGCAGUUGCAACAAGCCAAGAGAGCCGCCCAGUCAGCCGCCCAGGCCGCGCAGCAAGCUAUGCAUCAGGUGAACGUGAUCCAAGCAGCCCUGAACGCAGCCCAAGCAACAUCAGAGAACGCCAAUGAAGCGGCCUCCCAGGCGGCAGGUGAAUUAGGAGCUCAGACCGCUAUGGUUGGAGCUGCAAGGCAGAGGCUCCACACUCUCCAGGAACAGUUGCACGGAGUCAGAAUCGACUUCGAGGCAACGCAGUCGGCUGCCAGAAAGGCCCAGGCCGCGGCACAACAAGCUCAGGCAAACGCUGCGGAGGCUGCAGCCAAAGCGGCAGCCGCUGGUCUUGGAUCCGGGCAGCACCACGACGCCUCACACGAAGGUACGAACCAAAAGGAGUACAAGGUAGCCCCCGGGCAGGACAGCCAGGAGUACUACUCAGAGUCGGACUACCAACACCAGUAGCAAUAAGGUUUUAGGUGCUUAUAACCUAUUACGGCGGUUAUACAUUUUUUGACAGAUUGACAGUUUAGUUUUUAACGUUGGUACUAUGCAAAUUUCGUAAUGACGUAGGUUAGAUAUUUUUAUGUAUUUGUUUUAACCUAUGUAGAUCAUUUUAAAGAAUUAGAGAAAAGAAAGGUUUAGUAUGUAAUUGGAAAUGAUAACAAAACUUACACAUCAAAUGUCAUCGUUAGUAAUUUUUAAGUCAAAAAACUUGUAAACGCCGUAAUUAAAAAAAAAAACCAAUUAGAGUAGAACAAAAUAUCUUAAAAAUUUAUUUAUUCCAUCUCUUUAAGAUAUUCAUGUACCUACUUUAAUUGGGUUAGGUAGAUUAAUUAGAUGUAAAUACAAUGUCGUUGUUGUAAUUUAGAUCUUGUGAUACGAUAUGUUUUGUAACAUAUAUUUUUUUACUUUUAUAAAAGAAGUUAUUUAUAAUCGCUGAAAGUUUUUUUUGUGUGUGUUUUUUAGAACCGCACAUUUUAAACCUAGGCUCGAUAAAUUUACAUUAAGAUACUGUGUGAAAUAACGCGACAUGACCGAGUCAUUGAAAACAGAAAAUCAACUUGAAGAAAGUUUCUUAUUAAAACAAAAAUUUAUUAAAUUUUCAAAGUAUCUAAUAUGAAAUGACGAUGCCAAGUCGUGUCGUAAACACAAGCAGCAUCCAAAGUGUCAUCACUAACAUUAUAAUAAGUGCGAUGUCAUUCAGGUGAAAAACACAGAGAUGUUAUAAGAAAUAAAACGUUACUGUUACUA